UGGGCGGGGCGAGGAGGGAGAUCCAAGCGGGGCGCGCGGCGCGGCGAGCCAUGGAGGACUUGGACAGUAAUACCACUGUCUUCUCYACCCUGAGAUCCCUCAACAACUUCAUUUCACAGCGCAUGGAGGGGAUGUCUGGGCUGGCWACGCCUGGAUCAUCUCAAAGCUCCUUACAGAUGCAGUACCAGCAGAGGAUGCAGCUGGAGGAACAAGCUGAGCAGAUCCACUCCAAAUCCCAGCUGCUGCAGGUGGAACGAGAGAAGAUGCAGAUGGAGCUGAGCCACAAACGAGCCCGCAUCGAGCUGGAGAAGGCAGCCAAUACCAAUGCCAGGAACUAUGAGCGAGAGGCCGAUCGUAACCAGGAGCUGCUCACACGCAUAAAGCAGUACCAGGAAAGGGAAACAGAGGCUGAAAAUAAACUGAAAGAACAAAUGGAGAUGAACAAAUCUUAUAAGAAGAGCAUGGAGACAAUGAGUAAGAAGCUGCAAGAGAAGGAGAGCAAAUUAGCCGAAGCUAAUGAAACAAUCACUGUAUUGAAAGGGAAAAUAUCAGAUCUGCAGUGGAAUAUAAUGAACCAAGAGAUGCAGAUGACAAGCCAAGACUCUCAGAAGCAGGAACUGAUGGAGCAGCUGGAUGUUGAAAAAAAGAAAUGGCAGGAGGCAAGUCAGCAAAUCCAGACACUGCAAGCAAGCCAGUCCUUAAUGGCAGAACAUGAGCAGAAGAUUAAGGAUCUGGAGCAGAAGUUGUCCCAGCAGGAACAUGAUGCUCUAAUUGUCAAGAACAUGAAAGCAGAACUGKCUCGUUUCCCAAAAAUGGAGCGUGAAUUGCGCCAACUCAGGGAGGAAAAUGCCUACUUCAGGGAAAUGAAAGAAAACAAUGGUUUGCUUAAGGAGGAAGUGGAAGGUCUCCAAAGAAAACUGGAACGCUAUGAGAAAGUCCAAGCACAGCUAGUGACUGUGGAAUUGGAAAAUGAGAAGCUUCUGGCAAAAUUACAAAGCUGGGAGAAACUGGACCAGAGCACUGGCUUAAAUAUCAGGACACCUGAUGAUCUCUCCAGGCAAAUUGUGGCCCUGCAGCAACGGGAGCUUGCCCURAAAGAGCAGAACUCCACCUUCAUGAACAGUGCCCGAAUGCUGGAGAARGCCCGGCAGCAGCUGCAGGAGGAUCUCCUGCGGGUCCAGAGCCAGCUCGUGGACGAGAAGAAGAAGCGCGAGCACCAGGAAGCGCUGGUCAGGCGGCUGCAGAAACGCGUGGUGCUCCUCACCAAGGAGCGCGACGGGAUGCGGGCGAUCCUGGAGUCGUACGACAGCGAGCUGACCCCGGCCGAGCACUCGCCGCAGCUGAGCCGCCGCAUGCGCGAGGCUGAGGAGCUGGUGCAGAAACUGCACGCCCACCACGCCGAGCUGGAGGCUCAGCUGUCUCAGGUUCUGGAAGAAGUGGGAAACCACAAGCAGAGAGCAGAGAUGCUGGAGGUGGAGAUGAAGCUCCUGAAGUCUCAGCAGGGCACGGCGGAGCAGAGCACGGUGAUCACCAAGGAGGAGGUGGACACGCUCAGGCUGAAAAUUGAGGAGCUGGAGGCUGARCGCAGCAAGCUGGCAGAGGAGAACAGAACCCUGGAAAUGAAGCUGGAGAAGCUCACUCUGCAG